UGGAAACUGCAAUUUUCAUGGAUCCUGGAAACUUCUUCAGUAUUUGAUUUGUACAAAAACAAUGCAAAGUUUUGUAAAGUCAGCUGCCAAACCAACUUCAGUUUUUUACACUUCCUCCCCUUCUCCCACAUUCAGUGCACGACUGUGUUUCUGUGCCAAUAUCUUGUGGAUCAGGUCGUGCUGUUCGAUGCUUCAUACUAGAGGCAGAAGAGCAAAAAUACAAAUCAAGUGGGCUCCAUUUCAAACAUCUUAGAGACCACGAGCUUGCUGCAGGAGGGCUCUGCAAACGCUCCGCUGCAAUGCUGCCAUUUGACACAACAGAGAAGAAGGUUACAGCUGGGGCGUGGUUUUCAUAUCUCACUGAACCAUCGGCAAGCAGAAUCCAAUAGACAGCCCAAAGACACGUUUAGCAGCAAUUGUUGUCUGCGAGAUUUUGAAAAAUGGACCAAAACUGGAUUCAGGUUCUGUUGAUUCUGGUGUGCUGUCAUAACGUCACCCCAGGAGCUGCUGAAGAGAGGAUUGUCAAAGUUGGGGAUAUGGUUGACAUUAAUUGUCAGGUUAAAGGGGUUGGGACCAUGGUCAUCUGGUUUCGGGUACUGGAUCACUCUGGAAUGGAAUUCAUCGCAUCAUUCAGCCCCGCUGGCUCAAAAAAGUCAGGCAUGACCAACUAUGAAUCCAUCUUCUCACACAAAGGUUUAAAAUCUGAUGAUAAUGCUCUAUAUACUCUAUCGCUGAAGUCCUUCAAAAGCAGUGACAGUGGCAUCUACAGCUGUGGCCUUCUUAUAAAAGGAAAUGAGCUGAGUUUUGGAGAAGUCACACGACUACUUGAAGAAAAAAAGGAAGAGCCACCAAAGAAACUGCCGCCGUUCACCGGCAUGCAAACCCCAACGACGACUACACGAGGGAGGUGUCCCUGUGGAGACCAGAGAAGGCCAGAACCAUCCAGUCUUUCCCUGUUUUGCACUCCAAUCAUACUGGGCCCUUUAGUCGGCGGCUGUCUCCUUCUCCUGCUCUUACUUCUCAUCAUCACCUUAUACUGCAACCAUAUGAGAACACGGAGGUGCCCCCACCAUUACAAGAGAAAGCCGAGGACGGGGGCUCCUGAAAAGCUAAUGAUGACAAACCGAAACAUGUGAUCUCAAUGUGAUCUUAAAUUUAACUUUAAUUUUCCAUUUUCCCAAACAUUCAUUUAUUGUAAGAAAUUAUUUUUGUUUAAGCUUUGCAAGGUUUUAAUAAAUAAAUGAGCCAGUCUGCAUACUAUCAACUAAUGUACCGUGUGAUAGAAAACAUUUUUAGCUUUGGGACUUCAACACAUUACCUGACAUGUUUUUACCAAGCUGUACUCUGGCGGCUGAUAUCACUGUGCCGUGAUAACCGAUUAGAAAUAUGGAUUAUUCUUAAAAUAAAUCCCACCAUGAAAAAUCUGAUACACCAAGCUCUCAUGUAUAACAAUUACAGCUGAACAGAAUCCUGAGAAAAUACAAAUCUUUACCUUCAUUUUCAGUCCAAUUUAAAUAGAAUUUGUACAUACUUAAUGCAUUCAUCUUGUUAACAUUAAUAAACUGUAAUAAUUUCUAAUGCCCUUUUAAUUAUUCAAUUCUGCAUUUUCUUUUGGUUUUACCUUUUUUAAAUAAAG